AUGCAUCUCAAGUGGCUGACCCUGGUGUGUCUGCCCUCUUGGCCAUCAGUAUGGGCUCUGUACAACCAGUCUACAGACUUCCCUGACCAGGACAUCGACAAUGGUUUUGCAUUGCAGCAGAUUGCCAAUGAUUCCCUGGGAAACAUGAAGCUUGAGUCUCUGGCAACCAAUGGCUGCCGCUUUGAGGACGCCCAAAUCCGCAAAGAAUGGCGCAGCUUGUCUCUAGCUGCAAGGAAAGAAUUCACCGAUGCCAUCGUCUGCUUGCAGAGUCUUCCUACAAAUAUUUCAGCAGAGGAAAAGGAGACCUUCCAGGGAGUACAAACUCGGUAUGAUGAGUUCGUAGCUACCCAUAUAAAUCUGACGGAACACAUCCAUGUGACGGCUGAUUUCCUCGCCUGGCAUCGGUUCUUUCUUUAUGCAUUUGAAAAUGCGCUACGAUUUGAGUGCAACUAUACAGGCACUCUUCCCUACUGGGAAUGGGGACUUGAUGCGGAGAACCCCCAGAGCUCUGUCCUCUUCAAUGGUGACCCAUACAGUAUGGGGACUAAUGGGGUAGACAUGAACCGAACAAGCAUCUACUGGGAAUCUCAAAACAUGAGCAUUCCAGCCGGGACUGGGGGUGGGUGCGUAUAUGGGGGUCCCUUCUCCAAUUACACAGUGCACAUGGGCCCUAUUGAUGCUCCCGGAGAGCAGCCAGUCCAAUACAACUUGGAGUAUAAUCCGCGCUGCUUAUCGCGAGAUGUGAACCCCACCAUCUCACAAAUGUCAGUCUCCUUCCGCAACACUACGAAACUGAUCCUCUCGUACGAUACGAUUGAUUGGUUCCAAGGCGUCAUGCAAGCAGACCAACGCUUCACUGAUCCCACAGCUCCUUUCAGUUACGGGGUUCAUGGUGGAGGACAUCUUACUGUUGGAAGCGUCUUGGCAGACAUUGAUACCAGCCCGGCCGAGCCGAUGUUCUGGCUUCACCAUGCACAGAUCGACCGUGUCUGGACAAUCUGGCAAGGACUAGAUCCGGCGAAGAGAAGAAACGCGAUCUGGGGCACUUCAACCCGAGGCGAUAACCCGCCUUCUGCAAACAUGACGUUAGACGAUGUGCUUGAUUUUGGGUUUAUUUCUCAACCGCUGAAGUUUGCCGAUCUGAUGAACCCUCUGUCUGGACCGUUCUGCUACUACUACGCAUAG